ACCAAACGCAAACGCAUGCCUAUUUACGUGGCUCCCGCGAGCACGAACCAGCCCACCGUCGAUCACGAGCCAUCUGUCUCGCCCGCCGCCCGCCGCCUGCCGAGCACGAAUCCAGAAGCUCUUGGGACUCGAACGAGCAUGGCGGUCUCCUCCAUCAGCUGCUCCCUUCGGCCUCCAGCUCCCGUCAGAGAAGCUUCCGCUCGUCUGACGCCGCCGCAGCCGUCGCCACCAAAGACGACGGCCACGCCGUGGGCGGACGGGCUGCGGCGGGCAUGCGUGGCGGCGGCGGCAACCGCGGCGUGCGUCGUGAUCGGGACGGCGGGAGGUGGCGACGUGGUGGCGGCGUCGAUGCCACGCGACACCCCCGUUCUGGCUGUGGACGCGCGGCCGGCGGCGGCGGCGCCGCGGUGGAGCGACCGCAGGGAGUGCCCGCCGUGGCGCGCUAACUCGCUGGAGAACAUCGUGCCGGAGAACCUGCCCCGCCCGUCGGCGCGCCGGAGGUUCAACACAGUCAAGCGAGCGCCGCGGAAGGCCCCCGCGCUCGGGCGUCAAGCGGUGGCGCCGCCGUUCCUGGCGCUGCGCUCCGGCGUGGACGACUGCUUCACCCUCUAGGCAAGGCAAGUUAGGCAGGUAGUACUAGCUGACCAUUCUCCAGCUGAAUUUGUUGUACUUAUUUGUUUUGGAAUAUUGUACCCAAGAAGUUCGAAGUGAACGGAAACAGUAGGAUAUUUUUUUUUUGUAUUCCGGAUUUUACAGGAGAUGAUUUGUUUGUGUUAUUGUUUAGUUCCAAAAAAUUUUGCAAAAUAUAAAUAGUAUCACUUUCGUUUGUAUUUGACAAAUAUUAUCCAAUCAUGUACUA